AAGAAAAAAAAAAGGAAAAAAAGAAAAGGGAAAACAGAAGCAAAAUAAAGAAAAUUCGAUAACCUCCCGCAAAGCCAAAGAACUCAACCAUGGCGAUGCAGACUGGCGUUGCUGCCUCCAAGGUCCUGAUUCUCGUUGGCGCAGGUGUCACGGGAUCUGUCAUCUUGAGGAGUGGACAGUUGUCUGAUUUAAUUUCGCAUCUUCAAGAAUUGAUAAAAAGAUUAAAUGAUACUGAAACAUCUCCCGGAAAAUAUGACGCUGCCCUUCUAGCAGCUCAGGUUCGACAAUUGGCUAAAGAGAUCAAGGAAUUAAGUCUAUCCAACCCUGUUACUAUUUUUAAUGGGAAUUCACCCUCCACUGGAAGUUAUGCUUCAUAUAUAUUGCCCGCAGCAGCUGUUGGUGCAAUGGGAUACUGCUACAUGUGGUGGAAGGGGUGGUCACUUUCCGAUGUUAUGUUUGUUACGAAGCAUAAUAUGGCAAAUGCUGUUUCAACUGUGUCAAAGCAGCUGGACAAUUUGUCUGAAGCAUUGGCUUCAACAAAGAGGCAUUUGUCAAAGAGACUGGAAAACUUGGACUGGAAAGUGGAAGAGCAAAGGGAAAUAUCAAAACUCAUUUCCAACGAUGUUGGCGAAGUGAGAUCUAAUCUUAACCAGAUUGGGUAUGACAUUAAUGUGAUCCAUGAGAUGGUAGCCGGCUUGGAAGGAAAAAUCGAGCUACUUGAAAGCAAACAAGAUGUGACUAAUUCGGGUUUGUGGUAUCUCUGCCAAGCAGCGGGAAAUAUUAAAGAGAGUCAGAGCUCAAAAAUAAUUCAGGACGUAGGUGCAAAGCUCAUAGAACACUCAAAUGUUGUUCCUCAGGGAGAGCAGGCAAAGGGGCUUCAGUUCAUUGUUGGAACAGACGAGCCGAGCAUAAUACAGAAAGCAUCUUCUGAAGCAGAUGGUAGUACAGGUAUUGCUGAUAUUUCUAUCGGGAAAGCGCCAGCCUCAAAAAUGAGAAUCCACAGGUCGUUUCCUGUUGGGCUGUCUUUUGCCCGAGACAUUGUGGGUUAAGGUUCUUGAUAUUGGAUCCCUAUUCUCGUGGAAAAACUUCACUGGUAACAGAGCCUGUUUUGAUUCUACCCGUUACGAGGUCAGUGUUCGAUUCUUUUCCAGAAUAAAAUUUGGAAAUCAUUAUUGUGUGUGGCGAACGCCGAUAGAGAGUUACUUGGUCACGCAAGCUUGUUGUUGUGUCAUUGUAUUCUUGUCAAUAUGGGUGCCUAUAUGAAGUGUAUUCUCUUCCUUGUUGCUUAUUAUGCACAUAAAAACCACUAGCUUGAUCCGAUUCGGAUAUUUAUUGAGUCUUUACAAUCUGUAUUGAUGAAUGCACCGUGUCGAGUCUUGUGUGUGUAGAAUGUUAACUACAUGGGGUUAUAAAACAUUUUAUAUACAA